AUGGCAGCAAGCAGCGUCACUCAGCUCUCCAUACCCCUUCCGCGGUCCCUGGAUACCCGCAUCCAUAUCCACCUCACCGUCAAGGCUAAAACGGCCACCCUGUUCCUCACAUCGACGACCCAGGACGAGCCCUCAUCGACUGCGGCUCUGGGGUCCUUCGUCUACGCCCUGCCCAACAGACUCGAUCCCGCCCAGCCUCUGUCAACAGCCAUUUACUCGGUAGAGUCGACCGUCGAGUUCGCAACCCGAAUGGCUAAGCUGCUCGCCAAGCGGGCCGACAUGCCCGUCUACGUCGGCUGCUCCGUGAACCUGGGCGGAACGGCCAUGGCCCUUUCCGUCGAGGAAGAGAUGGAAGCGUUCCGCGCCGUCGUCGACGUCGUCAUGGCGAGGCUUAAGGGUCAGGCACCCGUCAACGGGGUGGCCUGA